UUUAUAAAAACAUCACAAUCCAACUCUUUUUAACUUAAACCCCCUCAGCUCGUUCUCCUUCUGUCUUCGUGAUCUCCGCCUCUUCUUUCUGUUUCCUUCUUCCUUGAAUCCAUCGAAACCCAUUCCAAUGGCUUCUUUAACUGGAGCUUCAUUGAAGUUCACUCCUCUUUCAAGUUCUUUCAAGCUGACUCAGGUACCUUUUCUUGGGGUCUCUAAUGUCAACUCAGUUAGCUUCCCAUCUCUUACAAUGCGACCAGGAUCAUUGCGCAUUCGCAUUUCCUGUGCGGCCAAACCAGAGACAGUGGACAAAGUUUGUAAAAUAGUGAGGAAACAACUGGCACUACCUGAUGAUUCUUCUGUCACCGGAGAGUCAAAGUUUGUUGCACUCGGAGCCGAUUCUCUUGACACGGUCGAGAUUGUGAUGGGACUCGAGGAGGAGUUCGGAAUCUCCGUGGAAGAAGAAAGUGCUCAAAGUAUUACCACAGUUCAGGAUGCAGCUGAUCUGAUUGAAACGCUUGUGGAGAAGAAAGGCGCAUAAAAUAUUGUUGCAAACAGUAGGUGACGAGUCCUUAAAAACCCCUGUUUUGCCUCUCCUAUUUCGUCACCCGUUACAAAGAACUCGAAUGUCUCAUUUUCCUGUUGUUCUUGAGCAUUUGUUUUAUUACGUUUAUCAUAAAUGCAAUCAGUUCUAGGGCAAGAGCAUGUUUCCACCUUGAAAAUCUAUUGACUCUAUGCUACUUGCAUCACUUAUCUUUUUCCAGAUAGAAAUGGGGAGUUGGGUUGGGCAAGGGUUUUCAAGGAGAUCGAUGUUAAAGGUGUUGGGUCCAGGGGACAAAAAUAUAAUCACCAGCAUAAUAAUUAAGCCAAGUAAUAAUUUAUUCAGAAUAAAAGAACAUCAAAGUUUAAUAUUCACUAUAAGGAAUAGGUAAUUACAAGAUUAUAAUAUCUUAAACUUUUUGUCCAAAGCUUAAGAUUCACUACAAUUGGAACACAAAAAUUCUUUGGAAUAAACCCCAUAUAUUUCUUCCAGAGUAUUAUGAUUCUU